AUGCCUAAAGUGAGGUUUGUCUGGCAGUACGAUGGACCGUCGAUUGAUGGCCUACCAAAGAACGUAUUCACACAACCAUGGCUGCCACAGCAGGACCUUCUUGGUCAUCCGAAAUGUCGUGUUCACAUAUCGCAUGGUGGCAUGAACAGCGUCAUCGAAUCGGUAUGGCAUGGUGUUCCAACCAUUGGUGUUCCGCUUACAUUUAUAGGAGGAGCGAUGUUUGGUGUUCCAAACAUGGUACCACAUGCGCGCUCUGGAGCCGAUAAACUCAACGUGUUCCAGUACUUCCUCGUCGAUGUUAUCGCUUUCAUGAUCUCUGUAGUAAUACUAUUAAUAACCACUGUAUAUCUUAUAAUUAGAACGGCUUUCAGAUUUAUUAAGUAUAUUGUAUUAUUACCAUUCCGUCGAACUCCCUCAUCUAAAACAUCGCAAAAGCGAAUGAACAACAAGAAAACAAAUUAA